AUGGCCUUGGAUGUGGAGAGAAUCAUUCAGUGCAUCAAACAGGGAGACCAGGACAGUGUCCAGUCACAGCUGGAUGACUACAACGCAGAACAUGCAGAGUGUUUCUUUUUCAAUCUGGAGGAGAGAGAACGAAGAAAGCAACGAGAACUGGAGGAGUUCCGGAGGAAUAAAGUGAGGGAAUAUGUCCCUGACUCUGACUCUGACUUUGAGGAGAGUGAGGAUGCUGAACUCAUCCUCAGAAGGCGGCUAGCUGCAGCGCUGAUCUGGUUCAUCCGCAUGCAGCUUCAGCCAGGCGUCCUGAGAGUCUGUCUCCGCACGCUACGCAUCAUCUCGCGAGACCGCCAGGCCCUGGCUCCCCUAGUGACAGACACCGCCCUCCUAACCCUUGCCCAUUUGGGAGGUAUCACAUCACUGCCUUUCCCAUUGGAGGUGGAAGAGGAGGGGCAAUGGGAUCUCACUCAAGGCCAAUGGGAUCCCACUCAGAUUACCUUACAGCCACAACAACAAAGUGGGACAGUAGCGAAACCAGGUGCUAGCUGCUUUGAGGAAGAUGAGAAAGCUACCGGCGCCAUGGAAACGGCUGCUGUUUCCUCCAGCGUGUCUCUCAGCCGAGACGGACAGGAGCAGUGCGCCUGUACCGUCUCUAGAGUGACACAAGAAGAAAACCACAACAGUGUGCAAGCCGUUGUCAUAGAAACACACAGCAACCCAAACUCAAAGGUUGAUGGGGUGCACGGGGUGCUGGUGAGAGGCAAGAGGGAUGCCAAGGGAGAAGGGGACGAAGAACAGAGUGAGGAAGGAGAUGAUGAUGGAGAGGUGUGGAGGAAAGAGGCCAUGAAAGCACUGUGUAAUGUCAUCUAUAACAGCCAGAGGGCGCAAGAGAGAGCCAGUGAUCUAAGGCUGCUCUCAGGGUUGUCCGAGCGGCUGAAGGAGGGGAUCCAUUCUUCAUCUGCUCCCAGUGGUCAGUUUUACGAGCUGCGACUGCUGUUUCUGUUGACUGCUCUGCGUCCAGAGCUCAGAAAACAGUUUCAACAGGAGCGCGGGGUGUGUAUGUUGACUGCUGCCCUGGAGCAGUGCCUGGCAGUGCACUGGGGAGAGGUGUAUGAGGUGCUGACUGACCCCACAGCGCCCCCUGUCUGUAAGGAUGUCUCUCAGCGCGCCAUCGAGAUCCUGAAAACCCUGUUCAACAUCACUUACAGCGCGCGCAGGCAACAACCCGAUGAGGAAGAAGCUGCGAUAUAUCGCCGCCUAGCGGCAGUUCUGCGGCACUGCAUCAUGCUGCCCUGUGACGGAGAGGAUAGAGCUGAGGAACUACAGGGGCACACAGUGAACGUGCUGUCUGCCCUCCCCCUGCAGUGUUUGGACGUGUUGCUGGCUGUCCGUCUGUCUGAGGGGUCGAAGGAGUCGGGCGGAGUCAACAUGGACUGUGUCCACGCCCUGCUGAUGUUCAUGGAGAAGAGACUGGACAGAGGUCAUAAAUUGAAGGAGAAGCUGACCCCAGUGCUGAAUCUGCUGACGGAGAGUAGCAAAGCACACAGGGAGACCAGACACUACCUCAGACAACAGAUCCUGCCCCCGCUCAGGGAGGUGAGCCUGAGACCUGAACAAGGGGACACAGUAAGGAAUCGUUUGGUCAGACUAAUGACACACGUGGACACAGACGUCAAACACUGCGCUGCUGAACUGCUCUUUGUGCUCUGCAAGGAAAAUGUGAGACGGUUUGUGAAGUACACGGGUUACGGGAACGCCGCGGGGCUCCUGGCCGCGCGCGGUUUGCUGAGCGGCCGCGGUCCCUCCCCGCAGCCUCAGUACUCCAGCGACUCGGAUUCGGACACGGAGGAGUACCGGCAGGCCAAGGACCGCAUCAACCCCGUCACAGGACGGGUGGAGGAGGAGCGGCCGGACCCGAUGGAGGGAAUGACGGAAGAGGAGAAAGAAGCAGAGGCGCUGAAACUCAUCAGCAUGUUCAACAGGCUUUCACGGGACAAGAUCAUUCAGCCCGCAGGUGUGACAGCAGACGGUCGACUGGCGCCACUCUGUGAUCAUAUGAGGGACCGCACUUUAGAGGAGGAAGAUUAUGAGGAAGACCUGGAGGAAGAAAGUGAGGAAGAGGAUGAAGAGUAA